AUGCUUCGCCUUCUCCACGCUCGGCUGCUCCAUAGCGUUACUGCUGCUCCUCCCCAUUUCCUCCCACACCCAUUCCCUCAGCCUUUCUCCCACAUCUCCCUCGCACCAAACGAUUCACCAUCCCUGACGGUCCAUUUCCUCGAGAAAUCAUGCGGCCUCUCCUCCGAAGCCGCCCUCUCCGUGGCCACCAGAAUCCAGCUCAAGACCACGAAGAAUUCCCACUCUGUGCUCGCCCUCCUCAAACACUUCGGCUUCUCCAAGCCCGACAUCGCCCGCCUCAUCUCCCGUCGCCCCCGGCUCCUCCUCGCCAGCCCCGACAAAACCCUCAAGCCCAAGCUGGAGUUCUACCGGGACAUCGGUCUCUCCGGCGCCGACCUCGCGAAGCUCCUCUCUGGAAUUCCCGGCCUUCUGCUGUGGAGCUUGGAGAAGCGACUGCUCCCAAACUUCCAUCUCCUCAAGCCCUUGCUCCAUACCAACGAGAACGUCAUCUCAGCUGCGAGGAAUUCUCCUCGUUUGCUUAUCUCUGACCUCCCCAAGCUGUUGCUUCCCAAGAUUGAGAGUUUGAAGAACUACGGCGUGCCGCCGGCUGUAAUCUUCACACUGCUCACCACCCACCCGAAAUCUCUGAUAGAAAAAGCCGAUCACUUCGAGGAGACCUUCGCCGCAAUCAAGGAUAUGGGGAUUAGUCCUUCGAGUUCCAUGUUCGCCCAUGCAUUCGGGGUGCUCUCUAAAUUGCCUAAGACAACAGUGAACAGGAGGUUGGAGAAUUACUUGAGCUUAGGCUGGUCGCAGGAGCAAGUCUUUUGGGCGUUUGCCAAGCAUCCAUACUGCAUGUCGGCGUCGGAUGACAAGGUGAGGAAGAACAUGGAGUUCUUCGCGGAGAAGCUCAGAUGGGGGCCGGACUAUGUGUCGGCGAAUCCGGUGCUUCUGUCGCUCAGUUUCGAGAAGAGGAUUGCUCCAAGGUGUUUGGUCUUGGCAAUUCUAGCGUCCAAGGGCCUGGUGAAGCGUGGUGUGAAAGCGCGGCACUUGAUGAUGGGAGAAGAAGUUCCUUGA